UAGCCCCACGAUCCCCCAUCCCCCUCCCCACCACACGCUUCCUCCAUUGAUUAGAUUUGAUGCGCACAUAAUUAAAUUCCUCCCGUAAUAGUUUACUUUAUAUUUUGCAGUUUAGAUUUGGGAAUUUUACAUCUAGUCCUAUUUUUUUUUUUCUAAAGAAAAGAAUAUCAUUUGAAAUUGUAAGCUCGAAUUUUCAAUUUCACAGCACGAACUUAUUUCUACACUGCAGUUGAACGCGUGCAGUCUUUUUUAUUUUUCCUUGUCCGGUUUCGCAAUGUUCGCCUUGUUUUUGGUGGUAGUAGUAGAUUUAACAGUUUUAAUCUCAGGUUUAUUUUUGUUGGAAGAUAUUGGCCUUGAAUCAAAAAAGGCUCUCAAUCCGAUUCCUUGUCUUAAAAUUCCUAGUAUUCGUUCCUUAUGUUUGACAAGCCAAAAAAAUAACCUUGCAGAGUUCUUCGUGAUGGAUUGAAACAUGAUACACACAUUUUAUCAUCGGCCCAAGUAGCAGUUGGCAUUCUUAAAUAAUGUAAGCGUUGUUGCAUAGUCCUUGAAUCCUCCUUGCGCUACAUUUAGGUUACCAUAGCAACUGGUACAUCGCAAAGUGGCGUGCAAAUGAUGAUCCCAAUUUUGCGCGUCACAAAAGAAACAUUUUGCCAGGAAUCGCCUGUCGCGUGAGACUACCUAGAAUCAGGUCAGUAGGGGAAAUCCAGUUCCAGCCGGUUCAAGCUGCCGGAGCUAGACUUUCUGGAGAUUUACCCGGCCUCAAUGCACCCAGCGUACUACACCUUGUCUGUGUUGAGUUGCAGCCCUCACAAACAUCCCAUACAUUCCUUUUUUGAAGAAAAAUCAACAACAUUUUGUUGAAAUAGUUUUGGACAACUGGAUAUACGCAACGCAUUACACACGCCCUACUUCCAGUUUUCCUUGAGUUCCCUGGCGUAGCGGCAGAUUUCUGAACAAAACCCCACAGCAACCGAAAUGGAAAAGGGAGAACAACCAAUCAGAAAGCGGCGUCUCGCGACACACCCUCCUUCCACCCAUUCUAUGUGGACUUUGCCGGAUCCACAGCAAUCGGCGAUUGUGGCUGCAUAUAAACCCAGACGGGACUCACUCUUGCCGUAAUAUUCGGGAAUCCCCAUCCUUGACGAAGAUAAGUGUAUUAUGGUCGUUGAACAAAACGAUUCCGCUGUCGCGCUCUACUGGCGGUUGUUCACUCCCGGCUGUCUUCGCCAGGCUCUACAUCGUCUCUUUGAUGACUUUCGGGAAAAAGUAGAAGAAAUUCAUUAGACGAAAUACUUCAAAUCUUUCCGCCUUUACUAGCCGGAUUUUAUCCAUUGUUAAUUCUCCACAUUUUUCUGAUAACAUCAGAUUACACAUCAAAUCAAAUGGCGCCCAUCACGGCCUCAGCCCCCAAAAUGACGGGCGGAUCGAUUGAAUUGCGUGAGCCGUCGCUUCCUGUUAAGCUCCUCACUGCCGGAUCUGCCGCUUGCGUUGCGGAUCUUUUCACAUACCCUCUGGACACAGCCAAAGUCCGGUUGCAGAUUCAAGGAGAAGCAGGAGUGGCUGCACCAGUACGAUAUUACAUAACAACAGCGGCCUCAGCUUUGGGUGCUGGAGGAAAUGGUGCAUCCAUGGUGGUAGAACAUGCAGCGCCACCGUCCCAAUAUAAGGGCAUGAUUGGCACAGUUUCAACAAUUGCCCGACAAGAAGGGCCAAAGGCUCUUUAUAAUGGACUGGCAGCGGGACUUCAGCGCCAGAUGUGUUUCGCCUCCAUCCGCAUUGGGCUCUACGAUUCCAUCAAGUCGUUGUACCAACAGACACUCAAUGGAGGAAAACGAAACACCAAUAACAAGAACACAAACGCCAGUAUAUCCGUGAGAAUAUUCGCCGGAAUUACUACUGGGGGUCUGGCUGUUCUUCUUGCCCAGCCAACGGACGUUGUUAAAGUGCGAAUGCAAGCGGAAGCACGUUCAACUACUGGAAUUAAGCGUUAUUCUGGUACCAUGAAUGCUUACUCUACCAUUGCUCGGAAAGAAGGUGUCGCCGGGUUAUGGAAAGGAACGUUGCCUAACGUUAGUCGGAAUGCUAUCGUCAACGUAGCAGAGAUAGUUUGCUACGAUCUCUUUAAAGAAUACAUUCUUAGUUCUGGCCUGCUUAAGGAUGGCGUUCCGUGCCAUUUCUCUGCUGCGGUGGCAGCCGGAUUCUGCACCACAGUGGUCGCUUCACCCGUCGAUGUGGUCAAGACGCGUUUCAUGAACGCCCCUGUAGGCCAGUACCGAGGCGCUGUCGACUGUGCCGUUCGAAUGAUGAUGAAAGAGGGCCCAAUAGCUUUCUACAAAGGUUUCGUGCCUUCGUUCUCUCGUCUAGUGUCAUGGAACAUUUGCAUGUGGAUCACUUACGAACAGUUUAAACGUCUUGUCUUGGUAGCCUACAACCAACCAACGAUGCUCAACAGACACGUGUGAAGUCAACCGAAUUAAUUUGCACAAUUUGGAAGUCGAUUUCGACGAGUCCCUUAAUGAUUUCUGUUACACUUAAGUAUAUACCCUUUUUCUAUACCACUUUUCCCUUAAUCAGGUAUUCGGGUUUUUUACGCUAAACGAUAAAAUGUAAUAAUGUUUUUUUUUUUAAUUACUGUCUGUAUUGAAUUGAACGCGUCGAACACGAUGAUAAUUUUUCCCUUGAUACGAUCCCUCGCUUAAUAAUAAGUGAAUAUUUUGUUAUACAUGUAUUGAAAUCGUU